CAAAAAUGUAAAAGCAUUUGGCAAGUCAGUUAUCGCUGAGAUUUUUAAGGAAAGACACACGAUGAGUUUCUAUUAUCACCUAAAGUUAAAAGAUUUCCUUACUGCUAUUGAUCUGCAACUUCUUCUCUACAUUCUUGCAGUAGCAGAAUCACUACUUUAUGGAUUAGUAAUCAUCACAUAUAUUGGUGCAUUAAUAGCUUUUAGGAAGGCUGAAGUGAAUUAUAAUGAUGAUGAAUUUGAAACAUCAAAACUUUUAGAAGUGGAAGCGAUGGUUCAAAUAUUUGGAAUUGCAAUGUUUUUCAUUGUAUCUGUCGUGAUGGUUGGUGGUGUGAAAGAGAAUGACCACAACAAGCUUCUUCCUUACCUCCUUCUUUGCAUUACACAAAUCAUCGCCGUAAUUAUCUAUUCAAUUUUUAUUUGCCCUUCGUGGUUUUAUGUCAUCUUUGUUACUCUUAAACUGACAAUGUUUAUGUUAACCUAUACACUAUAUCGUCGACUGGUAAAUGAGGUAGAGGAGAGAAAAUGUUUCCUAGACUAUGAUGAAAAAAUACUGAUUGAAUGAGACGAGGUUUAUGGUGAGAUUUAAAGUGCUCACCAAAGAAAUAAUCUUAAAUCAUCACAUAGGAAAAAAUCAAAAAAAUAUUCUUCUUCGUCAAUUAAAAACGUCAACUAUAAAGAACAUUAAUGUAG